UGAGGCUGUUGUCUGUUGCUGCAGUUGGUGUGUGGCAUCCUGCGGAGUACCACAAUCUCUUCCCGCGCUCCUGUUUCCCGCUUCACGCCUCGCUUUCCGCGUCCGUCGCGCGAGCCCGCAGCUUCGCGAGACCAUGUUUUCAUGAUUCCGCAACGAGGUCCGUUGACGUUUUGAUUGCAUUCGCGGAAAUUUCCCGGAGAAAAACUCGAACUUGCCCGCCGCUAGAAAUCCGGCCAAAAUAUGAUUUGAUCGUCGGAGCCCCGAGUGCGCGUUGAAUAUUUGUUGAUUUUUUGUUGUUGCUUUACCUUUCCCUGUAUUUAUUAUCGAUUCCGAAUCAAAAUAUGAGAGUAUUCACCAUGAAGUGUUACAUUAGUGAUUUAGUUUUACCAGCGUUUUUCUGCCUUUUCGUUUUCCUGCCUAUCCCAGGUUUUGUCAAUGGCCGAGACGCUUCGUGUCCGAGGAUAUGCCCACAAAAUGGAGAUCCGGUCUGCGGAACAGAUGGAAUAAUAUACCCAAGUGCCUGUGAAAUGAAAAAGAAAACCUGUGAUAAAGGUGUUGAAGUAGAAACAAGUGAAAAAGGCUGUGUAAGAGCGUAUGGAUCAACUUGUGAACACAAAUGUGCCAAAGACAAAGAUCCAGUAUGCGGCACAGAUGGUCGAACCUACCUCAAUAAAUGUUUACUCCAAGUAGAAAUUUGCAGGGUCGGCAUAUCCAUGUCACAUUUGGGCCCUUGUAACAAUAUUUCAGCUCACAGAGAAAACUGUCCGGUAAACUGUCACCAAGCCCCAAUGGACGGCCCUAUUUGCGGCUCCGAUGGAAACGUUUACCCCAACACCUGCCAGAUGAAACUCCACACUUGCGGGCAGGGUGUGGUGAAGACGUCGAAGAAACAUUGUCAAACAACGCGGCAUUGUCGAGAGUCCUGUUGGCGCGUCUCCAAGCCCACUUGCGGCUCCGACGGAAACAUCUACAGCAACUCCUGCCGCAUGAAGUCCAAGAACUGUGGGAAGCACGUGUUUGAAGUCCCGAUGGCGUUUUGCAUGACCCAAGAAAGGAACCGGAACGGCGCCUCCAACGCGUGCCCAGUCUCCUGUGACGACGAGAAAGACCGGCUAACCUGUGGAUCCGACGGCAACAUCUACAGAAACGAAUGCGAAAUGAAGAUGCUCAAUUGCGAAGUCUCUAAAAGGAGAGUAACGCGCGUGGACUUGGAUAAAUGCCGCGGAAAGUUGAAUAAAUGCAAGAAAAUUCAAUGCAGCGACGAGUAUGACCCUGUCUGUGGGUCCGAUGCAUACACGUACACGAACAAUUGCCACUUACAACAAGCAACGUGCAUGAAAGGAAUACAAUUGGCUCACAUCGGAAAGUGCGCCAAACUCCUCGCUCCAGAAUCUUGUCCCGAUUCGUGCGAUCAUGAGGAGACACAUCCGGUGUGCGGCUCAGACGGAAACGUUUACAGGAAUGAGUGCGAAUUGAAAAAAUCCACAUGCGGCCAAAAAGUUGUAGAGGUGCCCCUUCACCACUGCCCGACAACGUCGAUGUGCAACCAACCUUGUGAGGAAACGAGAGAAUUCGUCUGCGGAUCGGAUAACAAAUUCUACAGGAACCAGUGUGAGAUGAAGCGGGCCAACUGCGGGAAACACGUGUUCGUGGUGCCAAUUAAAAGAUGUCUCACCGGGUUCCAGUUCAAGGGAUGCCAAAGAGUCUGCCCACCGUUGUACGAUCCGAUCUGUGGAACGGACAACAAAACAUAUUCGAACGAUUGCUUCCUACAAAUCGAAAACUGCAGAUCUCGAGCACUUGUCAGCAAACAGUACCAUGGAAUUUGUGGUCAUCCUACGACAGAGCCAAAAAAUUACCUCUAUUAAGCUCAUUUUAUUUUCCUAAAAUGAACGUGUUCAUGGUUCAAAAUCAAAUCUCAUAAGUUCACCCUCUCUCCCUUUAUAAGAAAAUUAUUUCUUUGGUGAAUGGAUAGUCGCCGUUUCCGUUGUCAACCAUAUUUAAACGCUAUUUUCCUAAUAUUAUAAGUUAAUGUUGGAAUUCUCAAACAUGACGAAAGUGUUUUGUACGAACAUCUAAUGAGGUACCUACAUAAAAUAGCAGUGUGAUGAUUGAUUCUUAGCCCGUCUUUUAGUCCCCUCGAGCGCUGAUUUUGAAUCAAAAGGCACAUUCCAAUGAUGAAAAUCGAUAAACAUUUGUAUCGUCACAAUUGGACUACAUUUUGCAAUUUGGAACUAAAAAUUCUAGCCCGGUAUAAAAACAACGAAAGUGCCAUUAGUUUCCCUAUGCACAUAAGUGUUUAUCCAGAAGAGCCGGAAUUUAUAGAUCCAAAUUGCAAAAUGCAGUCCAAUUUAUCCUCGAAAAAAGGCUGAUGCGCUAUUUAUUUUGAAAUUUUACUGCUUUUUCUACAUCACACACAUUUUACGCAUAAAUACAUCAAACAAUAUCAUUCAUUCGUUUUACUUAAAAAAUAGAUUUUUCAAUUUUGCACUUGCGUUUGUAGUUCCUCGGAGAGCUUUAAAAUUAAAUCAAAAUUUCGCCCACUUCCCUGACUGCCAUCAGACACCGGAAAAUAAAUGAAUUUUUUAAUAACCUCCCCUCCCCUUCCAUUUUCAUCGCUGAAGUCAUCUCCUACACUUUAACGUGUGUCGCCCCAUGACAAAGGCAUGUGUGACUGUUGUUGUCACAAGAACUUAAUGUUUUGAAUGUAUUCUAUGACAUGCAUUCCUUCCUUAAAAGAAAGUUCAAAUUAUUUAUUAUUAAUUUAUUUAUUUAUUUAUACAAACAAAGUGAUGGACUCUCGUCUGCAACCCAAAAAUGAGAAUAAAUAGAAAUAGGAGAAUUCACUUUUCAACCUGUGAGAAAUAUUGAUGGUAAACCUAGAAAUACAUAUUUUCUAAUUGCAAAUUUUUGCAAAUUCCGCUCAUAUUUAAUUUUUUUAAAAAAAUUAUUAGGUACCCGAUAUUUUCACUAGAAAUUUUAAGAAAGUAUUUUAAAUAUAUUGACUCUUCGAGUUGCCAAACAGACGUAAUAUCGCGCAAUAACACUUUACUUUUAUGACAGAAAACCAGUCAAUGAUGACUGGUUGUUUGUCAUGAAAGUAAAAUGUAGAGGAAAUUUGCAGUAUUGCAUACCGAAAUCUUUUUUCACUGGUUUUACCAUUGUCAAAUGACAGAUAAACGUUGCAUUAAAAUUUGGUAGAAUUGAAGAAUAUUUUCUAGAUCUCUUAAUUUUAAGACCACAAGCUCUUGUUUCAGAUGCGAUCAGAUAUGGAUCUCUUUAGUGGUUUGUUUCCUCAAUAUCCGAAAAAUCUAGAAGGCUCAUGCACAGGCUUCAACCCAGAAAUACUUAGUUUUGAAUUUCUGCGACAAAGUCUUGCAAAAUGUGCCAUACUCAUGAGGUGGGAUUGUGAAAAGAAAAAUGAGAUGACUAUACCCUUGCUUAGGGGUUACUUUUACAUUAUUUAGCGCCAAAAAACACCUGAUAAAUUAAAAAAAAUGACCCUUUGGCAGCUAUUUAAAAGCUUAAGGAUGAAUAACAGGAAAUGAGAGACAACCUCUAUUAAAGUUUCUGUGCGCUAUUGCCAGUCCUGGAAACACUCUCCUUCAAACACUCAUAAAAUCAUCAUAAUGAUGAAAAUUAUCGCUUAAACUUUAAACUUUGACUCCAUGUUAUUGAGAAUAUUAAACAAAAUUUAGCGUCUGAAACUGAAAGCGAUGAAUUUUUUGCUGUACUGAACAAUAUGAGUUUCCAUCUUGAGGCAUAUUUUGUCUGACCUCGUCACAUUUAUGUAUUCAGAACACCUAGAGUAUUUUCAAAGAAAAAGUACCUAACAAUAAGUAUUGAAGUGUUUCUCAAGUUUCAAUUUCUGAAAUGUAUUUUAUCAUGUUGUGCAAGUAAUUAUUUGAUUCAUUCCAUGAGAUAUUGAUUUAUUUGAGAUAAAUCAACGAAUUCAAACAUGUUUGUUGAAAACACCAACACAUUCUUGACUCAUAUUGUAAUAUUGUUUAAUAACAACUCCAAAAUUAAUUCAAUGGUUUGUCUUCUCUGUCUUUGUUGAUAAUUUUCACAGAAUUAGUUAUGCAAGACACUGUUUUAUUAAGUGAAUGACCAAUGUUUCAGGCCUCAUCAUCAUGUAUGUACUGCACACACGAGAGCUGCUCAAAAAAUUAACUAGAGUUUAAUUAUUUCUAGUCAACUUUGCAUCUUCAUAGCUUCUCCUUCUUUCCUAUAAUUUCAUUCUAGGAAUUCUAGGAACAAAACUUUAAAGCUUCUCUGCUGUGCUAUUGAAGAGCUCUCGUAUGUGUAAUUUUGAGAAUGAAAGAUUUGGCUUUCUCAAUGUUUAAACUCUGCAUCACUCAUUUACUGCACUUAAAUUUCAAUCAUUGUUUUUCCAAACUUGUGAUGUAUUACAUUUGGCAGUAUCAUACAAUCCAUUUUAUUGAAACUCCUGAGACCCACACAAUCUAGAUCAAUUGGCCUCAGACUUUUAGCUCUGUGAUUUAGAAUUACAGAUGAUUAGCCUCCACUUCCUUAGUGUGAAGGUGGUAAUGAGGAAACUUUAAUGGAAUAAUUCUUCUUCAUUUUAUGAUCCUGCUUACUUUGAAAUCAUUGACAUUGAAAGCAUCAUUACAUUGAAAUCAAAGUGUAUUUAAUUGAAAUAAAAUUAUUUUGGUGUGCCAAGCAAGAAGCA